GAAGAAGGAGAACGCGCUCUCCUACGCCAGCAUCUUAGAGCAGCAGAUCCUCAACGUGGACCGAGAGAUGCUGGACAAGCUGUCAGCCAAUCAUGACGAAGCAGGCACCACAUGUCUGGUGGCCCUGCUGUCCGACAGAGAGCUGACAGUGGCCAAUGUUGGCGACUCACGCGGCGUGCUCUGCGACAAAGACGGAAACGCCAUUGCGCUAUCGCACGACCACAAACCGUAUCAGCUCAAAGAGCGCAAGAGGAUCAAGAGAGCAGGAGGCUUCAUCAGUUUUAACGGAUCCUGGAGAGUCCAGGGAAUCCUGGCAAUGUCCCGCUCUCUCGGGGACUAUCCACUCAAGCACCUCAACGUGGUCAUCCCCGAUCCAGACAUGAUGACCUUCGACCUGGACAAACUGCAGCCGGAGUUUAUGAUCUUGGCGUCAGACGGCCUGUGGGACGCCUUCAGUAACGAAGAGGCGGUGCGGUUUGUCCGCGAGCGCCUGGACGAGCCUCAUUUCGGUGCCAAGAGCAUCGUCCUUCAGUCCUUCUACCGCGGUUGCCCCGACAACAUCACGGUCAUGGUGGUCAAGUUCAAAAGCGGGGCGGGAGGGAGUAGCAAGGCCGGGGACUAGGGUCAAGUCCUUUGGGAUGGGAUGAAACUAACAGUAAAACUGGACAUACAAACCUAAUUACGUUCGACUCUUAUAUUCAAGACAUCGCCUAAGAACAAAGUACCCAACCAGUGGGGACGGCGUGGCACGGUUGGCAGAGUGGCCGUGCCAGCAACCUGAUGGUUCCUGGUUCGAUCCCCACUUUCUACCAACUUUGUCAUGUUCGUUGUGUCCUUAAGCAAGACACGUCACCCUUGCUCCUGAUGGGUCGCGGUUAGGGCCUUGCAUGGCAGCUCCCACCAUCAGUGUGUGAGUGAAUGGGUGAAUGUGGAAAUAGUGUCAAAGCGCUUUGAGUACCUUAAAGGUAGAAAAGCGCUAUACAAGUAUAACCCAUUAUAU